AUGCAGAAGCGCAUGGCGCGCAUGGGGCCGGCGGUGAUGGGCCCUUGGGCCUUUGGGCGAGGUACCAGCCGGCGUGAGGCAUGUCGCGCCGGCGGAAGCACAGGCGACUGCAGGCGGACCCAGCGUGUGCGGCCGGCCUGCGACCUGCGCUUCCCCGGCCCGCCUGAGUGGCCCUCAGCGUGCGGCGGACGAGGUGUCAAUAGCAAGGGCUCACGCACCAGGGUUGCUCGAGCCACGGAGACGCCCAGGGACGCGGGGGGACGACGCCACGGGAUCUGGAGAUCGGACGGUGCCAGAAUCUGGACUGUGACUUGCGGGGACGAGUUGGGCAGAUGUCUGAGGACGGAGGACGAGAGCCUUGCAUCAUGCUGGCCGCGCCCGAAGCAGCGACGACAGCGCGGGCUUCACCACGGGCUCCUGGCCGAGAGUGGAGUGGCUGUCCGGGAAGCAAUCCCAUUUGCAGAGACGGCGCAAACGCCUGUUCACUGCCCCCGUCUCUUGACGCCCACCGCCCUCAGACGCCCGUUGUCCGUCUCCCGAAGCGAUCCUGGCCAGCUAGCACGGGCUGUGACGAACCCUGCAGCAGUCUCAGCAGUCUGCGUCCCGAAGGACCAAAAUCUUUCCAUCUCGAUUCUCGACCUCACCACCUCUCCCGCCUAA